GCAUUUCAUCUCAUGCAUAUUUCCCUCUUCCCUCCACAUACCUGCUAGCUAGCUUAGCUCGCCAUGGCUACCGGUAAGCUCUUAGCUGUUGCUCUUGUUGUCAUGUUAAGCAUUGGAUUAACCAAUGCUAUUAGGGUGGUAAACCACGCCACUGCUAAUGGCCAAGGCAGAGGUGGGGGUGGCGGUAGCGGAACCGGAAACGCCUAUGGCUCAGGCUAUGGAUCUGGCUAUGGCUCUGGCAGUUCCUAUGAUAGUACUUCUCAGGGUCCUAGCAGUAGCUUCUCCUCUGCUAGUGGAGAUGGUGAGGGUUCUGGCGGUGGCGGUUGGCAAGGUUAUGAUCAAUAUGCCUCGGGUUACGGGGUAGGGGGUGCAUCUGGCUCAGGCCACGGUGACUCGGGUGAUUUUUACAGUAACGGGGCUUCAAAUUCAAAUGGACGUGGGGGUGGCGGUGGCUCCGGAGGAAGUUUCGGCAAUGGUUAUGGGUUUGGUGAUGGGGCAGGGAAUGGGCACGGUUCUGGCUACAGCAAUGGACCAUAUGGUUCCAGCAACGCAAAUAGUGGUGGACGUGGAGGUGGAAGGGGUGGUGGUCAUGAUGGUGGAUUUGGUCGUGGUUUUGGCAAGGGGUCAGGAAGCAGCAAUGGAGCUACUUGGGGUGGCUACUACAAUGAUGGCAAUGUCAGCGAACCACCACAGGCGGUCAGUGAACCACCACAGGCUAUUGGUGAUAGUGUCAGCGAACCACCGCAGGCCAUUGAUGGCGGUGCCAGCGAACCACCGCAGGCUUACUAAAAUAUCUUUUAUUUUGGAGUAAUGUCAGCCUUGGGUGAUACAUAGUUGUUCCGUCUUGUUUGAACUUGCAUAUUUCUCUACGAAUAAACCAUGCCAUCUGUUAGUUACAACUUACAUCUAGGUUGUACUAAUUGAGACAAUGUGGCUAUGAUGCAUGCUAGUGACCGAUGCCCCAAAGCAUGUUUAGUUGUAAUUCCUUAAUCCAUGGAUAUGAAUGCUUUGCUUUGAUCAAGAAGUAAUGAAAUCUGAUUUGCUUGGAUAUUAA